CUUGAAAUGGGCUCUUGGAACAUUUGCGUCCUAGCACCAAAAGCAUCAACAUCAAUAUCAACACCAAGGUCAAAAUCGAUUACAGUCCCUCUACGGAACUAUCUCGCCGUUACUGGUUGCACCUCUUCGGCGUACGAAUAGGGUCAUCAUGUCUUCCGAAAAAGUCCAAUCCAUGACGGAAUCGUCAUUGACCAUUCCCUCGGACUCGGAACAAUAUUCUGCCAAUGACGAAUUAUCACCAUCUCCGCCGCCGUCGUCUAGCUCUCCGAUGAUUCUCUAUACACCUCCUACAUUCUGGGGACUCGUACGCGGGGCGGCCAUCAACCUUUUCCUGCCGUUCGUCAAUGGUCUUAUGUUGGGAUUUGGGGAGUUAUUUGCACAUGAAGCAGCUUUUAGACUUGGGUGGGGAGGAACCAAGGUAUAUACUUAAUCUUCUAUGACUUGGAGGGUACCAAGGGGCACUUGGACAUGUCCGUUGUUCUCAACAGGACUGGUUCUCAUGCGGGAUGGUUUUUUCAGAAUACUCGCAUUCGAUUUGUUAGUUGAAGUUGCAUAUGCUAACACUUGCAUCUAGGUAUUUCCAUCCGGACGAAGCGCACACUUUGUAGGACCAGGAAUUGAAGUUCGGGAAAAUCCAUUCGAGUCGAGAAGGAGAGAUGGUCAAUUGGAGGAUCUUACCAGCAUGGAAUGAAUGGUGGAUGCAAUACUGCGGCUGCAUAUAAAACGGCGUUCGAGGGGAUGUAGAGAUGAUAUUGGUUUCACCAAUCAGAUGAAGCCCCUCUACAAAUUGUUGGGCUGUAUCGUCCUUUGGUGCACUUGAUGCAGGUGUUAGUAACCUAUGAAAUAUGUGGUGUAUUGAAUGGAGAAAAGGUGGAAGCUCUGGCAAGAAAAGCAUAGAAGAAUGAAGAAGGCAUUUGAUGCCCAAAUGAACAGGCAAU